AUGUCGUUGUCCAGCCUCAAACAUCUGCUCGAUCAGAAGUUCCACCCACCUCAACCCGCAACAGAAUCGUUUGCUGGCAGGACCAUUCUGUUGACCGGUGCAACCAGCGGUCUUGGUCUUGAAGCCGCUAAGAAACUCGCUGGCCUCAAUGUUUCCAGGCUCAUCAUCACCGCGCGAAGCGAAGACAAAGGUCAGGCUGCAAAGAAGGAGAUUGAAAAGUGCUUGCAGGACGCCGCCACUUCAUCGACAGAGAUCGUUCCAAUGGUCCUCGACAUGAGCAGCUUUGCCGGAGUGCGACAGUUUGUCGAUAAUCUCAAGUCACAAGUCCAGAGCCUGGAUGGUGCGAUCCUCAAUGCAGGAACGAUACAGGUGAAAUACGUCCAGAGUUCUGACGGCUGGGAGGAGACUCUCCAAGUCAACGCUCUCAGCACAUUUCUCCUCGGCGGGUUGUUGCUGCCUCUGUUGAUUGCUGCCGCGGAGAAAGGCAAGAAGGACUACAAACCUCAUUUGACAUUCAUAUCUUCCGGUUUAGUGUGGAAUACCCCGCCGGAGCAGAUCAAGGUCUUCAUAGAAAGUGAAACACCGCUUGAGGAUCUCAGUGCACGGCAAAACUUCCCGCCUGGAGCAUUUGGCGGGAGCACUCAGUACGGCAGAUCCAAACUUGUGUUGGAGUAUGCGGUGCGCCACCUGGCUGCCAUACCUUCGAUAAAAGGCACCGAUGGCCAGCCGAAGGUCAUCAUCAACACUACUUGCCCCGGAAUGUGCAAAAGUGAUCUCGGCCGACAGAUGGUUACCAACUUCGUGAUAAGGAUCAUCAGCGCGGUUCUCUUCGCCCUAGUCGCGAGAACCGCUGCACAGGGAGCAAACACGUAUACCACGGCGCUCGUACAGGGCGUCGACACACAUGGAGAGAUGUGGAAGGACGAUCGAAUUUAUGAGCCAGGUCCAAUCUACACCACUGAGGAAGGUCGGAAGUUUGGUGAUAGGGUCUGGAGUGAGGUGCUGCGAGUGAUGGUCAAGGCAGAUCCCAGUAUCAAGCUGUUCAUGGGUUGA